AUGGACGAAAGCAACCUUUACAGAGUUUUAGAAGCAUUGAAUGUUGUUCACGCUCCUGAAUCUAGUCGAGAAGCUCGAUAUGAGGCCCAAGGGUUGUUAGAUAAUUUGAAAGAGUCUUUUGAUAACAGUUCUUCAGGUUUCCAGUUACUAAAUCUAAAUGAUGAAGUUUUAAAAGCUAGAGGGUAUAAAAUUGAUAUUCAUGUAGUCAGGCAUUUUGCGUUAAGUCUUUUUGAAGCAAGCAUUCAUGGGAACUGGAAGAAUUAUGAUGACCAAACGAAGCUUUCUCUAAUUUCUUUCCUCUGUACCUUCUCUUUGCAAAAUGCAGAUGCGCUCUCUGUUUACUACGUCCGCAACAAGCUAGCUUCUGUCUUUAUAGAAAUUGUGAAGCGAGAUUGGUAUAGUCAUGUUUGGAGAGAGCAAUUUGAUUCAUUUUUGCAAUCUCUCUGGAACAUGAAUGUGGAGCAUCGCCAGCUUUCCUCUUUUAUAUUACGUGGCAUCAUGGAGGACUUAUAUCAAUAUGAUGAUCCUGUCGCUUCCCUUCGCUCUCACAUUUUGUUUAAUGCCCUAAUCAGUGUUUUGUCCUCCUCUCGCACCCUUCACAAGUUGUACCCAUCCGGUCUCCCUUAUUCUGUAUCUAUACCCGAAAAUAGCGAAGGAUGGCUGAACCGUUGGUCAUCAACACUUGACACCGAAUCUGAUGCAUUAGAAAGUCUGAAAUGCUUCAAGAGCUGUCUUUCUUGGGUCGCUACGGACUCAAUCAUUGAAGCCAAUAUUGUGGCCCGGAUUUGCAACAUUUUAGUGAAUGGACCGAUUCAUUUGAAAACACAUGCCAUCGACUGUAUAUACAUUUGCGUCACCAGGAGCAUGGAAAUUGAUGAUCCUCUUUGGGCAACAGUUGAAGAAUUGUUAUCAUCCGAGGGCCUUUAUACUCUUCAUCAAGUCUAUUCAAACAUAUCCCAAUCCAUAAAAAUUGAGGACUUAUCUUCUUCUUCUGGUGAUUACAUUUUACUGAAAAAACUUGCCGAAACCAUCGUUGCUCUUGGACAGUACAAUUAUUUGGAUUCCAGUCGACGAAAGGCUAUCAAUCUAAAUUGUCUAGAUACUUAUUCUUCCUUAAUCCUUGAAAUUAUGAAGCAUCCUAGUUUAUUAAUUAGUGCCAUUUCCCAACAUUUUUGGGUCUUGGCUUUGCGGGAUCCUUUAAUAUCUAAACACGAAAAAUUUCAAGGAGUUUAUCCUCAGCUGCUUAAUGUUGCAUCAGAACGAUUGCUUCGUUUUGAAGAUGCCGUGGUUGACAUGAUGCCUGAGUCCCCUAUAGCUGUGUUUCUCGCUGAAGACGUUGAAGGGGUCGCUGCUGUGCAUUCUUUUUGUGGGAAUUAUCGAAGAUUUAUGUUCGACAUUGUUCGUCUCACUGUUUCUAUAAAGCCCUUGGAAUCUUUAAGUUGGGUACAAAACAACUUUCAAAGUAUCUUGGUUAACAAUAUUAACCAGAUUAAAUCUCAAACAUCUUUUUCGUCAAAGACGACUCCUCUUUAUUUAAUAAUGGAUGUAGGCUUUUCAACUAUAGAAGCUUCGCUUCAUGGAAUUACACGCUGGAAUGAGAAUGUAACUGAUAGUUCAACAUAUGAACUCAUUUUACAAAGCUUAUUUUUAUGGUGUAAACAAUUGGUUGAAAUCGAGUUUCAGGAUCCUAUGCUUAUAACACGACUCAUUAGUGUCCUGGUUUUGUUCACAUCAAUUCUGGCUCGUGAAAAUACAACCUUGCUUGGGAUUGUUUUGGAGAAAAUUAUUUCCGCAGUUACUUACAAUAACUCACCAUCGUUAUACGGAUUUUCUGAUCUUCAGAAAGUCAAUGAAAUGCGAAGUAGAUGUUGUUUCGAAUUGGUCAGACUUGGAGAAUUAAUGCCAAAUCCCUUGAUGAACAUUUUUGAUCAGCUACAGAGCACUAUUGACCAACUUGGCACGUAUACAACUCUCAGUGGUUCAGAAAUUGUGAUGCUAAAAACAUUUUUGUUCGUAAUUUCUCAGUUCUCCGAUAUUAAUCAUGUUCUUAAGAAUGAAUAUUUUGAAAAGCUUGUGGGUCCUGUUGUAUCCACUUGGCUCGAUGCUCAGCCUCCUGUAAAUUCUCCCAUGGAAUUUUUAAAUCACGUAAAGCUGCCUCAAAUGGCUGCAUAUCUGUUUGCAAAGUAUCCUUAUAAUGCGGAUUAUACAAAAUUUGAGCUGGAUACAGAUGCAUCCUCUUUUCAAACGGAUUUGGAAGACAGUCGGAAAUGGUUAUGGCCUAUAAAAUGCUUAGGUCGAUUUUGUGAAGCUACUUACAGCAAUAGACGGAUACAUCCAUCAGAAUUUGAUGAACAGAAAACUUUGUGGUUGGUAAUCCUUCCAAACAUAGUUCCUGGGUUACUGAAAUUAAUUGAACAGUUACAUUGUUGUUGCGAUCCCUCUUUCAUCUCAUCAUUAGGAACACAUAAUUCUGCAAUUCUUCAAAAAAGUAUCGUUGAACGCUUUUGGCUUCACGGUGUUAGUCAAAUUUCUAAAAAUCAAUUUUUGGAAGAAUCAUAUAAAAUGGAUGUUUCUGCUAACAAGUUGAUCCAUUCUUUUGGACACUUUUUGCGUCGAUUGAGGGAGUACUGUUAUGGAGCAAUCGCUUCCUUUACGAGACUUGGGGAGCCAUUCUUCGCAAUUCCAGCUUUGUCAACCUCCUUCCUUACUUCAUUUUUUAAUCAUGCUUCUGGCCUUAGUCUUCAUCAAUGGACGUCCGUUGUCAACGUUAUCAUAAAACCAUACUGUUUACAUUGUCCUCCUGCACUCCGUGAUGAAUGUUUAUUACCUCUUCUUCCUCCUUUGCUUUCCGAAUUGGAUCGGAAGUUGGUGAAUGAAUGGCGAAGCAUAACCGAGAGAGGUCUUCUUGUUGAAGAGGAUACCGAGGAAACAGACGACCUUUCAGAAGAAAUGAUAGAAGAAUCUUUACUUCGCCAUCUUACUUAUGCUACAUCAAAAUUGAUUACGGAAACGUUUUUACAAAUUACACCUACACAAUCCCGUUCGACGAUCUCUUCAGACUUUGUUGAAAAAGAGUCAUCGGCCAAUGGUUCGUCCAAGUUAUCUGAUUACGUUUUAGAUAAUGCGAUUAUUUGUGAACCACUUCUAAGCACGCUUUGCCAUUUAUUAGCUGUUCAUGAUUCGAGAACAGUUACAAUUGUUGUGAAUGCGUUUAUAGCAAUUACACCUUUACUGGUAUCUGAGCGUACCCAUUCGAUAGUUCGAGAGUUUGUUUGUCAACAAGUGUUUCAGACUGUCAUAAUGGCUAUUAAUGAUUCUUACUUUGAGCAAAUGCAAUCUGAUUUUGUCCGGUUGGCUUGCAUUAUCCUUUCUUACUCUCAAGGAAUUACAGACUCCUCCUUUAGAGUUUUAGCAAGUAUUCCAGCUUUGGCUUCACAAGAAAAUUUGCUGAAUACGUUUGCGAAUAGGUUCCGCGAAGCAUCUACGCUGAAAAUCCAAAAAGCAUUACUUAUGAGAUUACUUAAUUCCGGAAGAAUUGUACCGAGAACUGAUAGAAGAGCUCUAAAUUCAGCUGUGCUUGAUGUGAGUGCUAAAGAAAUGUUGAAACGAUUUGAAAAAAGUGUCAGUCUUCAGGACGAUACAAAUAAGGGUGAUAUUCUAUCUAAAGAUGAGGAUACUGGAUUGGCUAAUCUCUUUGGUUAA